AUGGCGCCUACAGUACCGCCUAGGUUUAGCUCGGUAUUGCCAGCUGCGGAUAGGGAGGCCAUCUCCACCCUUGUCGGCAGAUCAGUAUCCGCCUCGUCCGCAUUUUCCUCGCUUUCGGCCGCCAGCUCGACGGAGGAUUUCCUCCAGGCCAAGACAGAGAGCCUGGCCGCUGAUAUCGCCGCCAACAAUAAAAUAAAGGAUGCCUUUUACGAGGCUAGAGAGCGAAGGGCCAUUGCGGAGAAUGACUUCAAGGAAGCCGUGGGCAACACAGAGGUGGAAUUGGCUGCAGCAGAACGAGAGCUUGUCGUGAUCAAGCGCCAAAAAAAAAUGAUUAUAGACGAUAUGGACGAGGUGAUGCCGAAACAUCAAACUGUCGGUGAUGCAUAUAUUGAAACUAUCACUAACCGAAUCAUGGCUGCAACUGGCCAUCAGAAGGCCGAACCCUUUAAACAAAAGGUGUUUAGACACGACGUGCUGGCGUAUUACGGUGCAGAGCGAACGAAUAGUAAGGGACAUAUUGAGAAGUAUUGCCACUUAACUGGGUGGCAACCUGCAAAGGACGUGAAAUGUGCACAUAUUGUGCCAAAAUCCCUCCAGUCUGAUGAGCUCGCAUACCUAUUCGGAGUCCGGGAGACUAUGCUGGCCGAACCGAGAAAUGGACUCGUUCUGAAUCAUACCGUCGAGGGCGCCCUAGACAAUGGUGAGAUUGUCUUUAUACCAGACAAGCCAGCUUCGGGUACUGAUAUUGUAUGGCGCUGCGUUCUUAUUGAUAAGUCGGAUGCGACAAACCUAGUUACCAGCGGGACUAGAUGGGGAGACAUUGACGGAAAAGAACUCAAGUUUCUUACUGCCAACCGCCCAGCAAGACGUUACCUCUAUCUGAGGUACGUUAUCACAUGCAUCUAUCAGAGGAGAAUGGGGAACUCGGAGAUGCUCGAUCAGGCACUGCGUCGGACUGAUGUGCAGGGCUAUAUGUGGGCUACACCAGGACCAUAUCUUCGAAAGACUAUGCUCGUGGCGCUUGCCCGCAAGGUGUCGGAUACGUUUCUACCUGAGGCCUUCUAUGGCACGUCGACCUUCACUGUUGCCGACGGAUGUCCUGAUCGUGGCGCCGAGGCUGAAGAGGACCUUGCUAUGGGGCUGAGCAUAAGGGUACGAGACGCCUUCGAUGAGGCUAGGGAUAGUAGAAGGGCCGAUGAGGAGACUGGUGGCGAGUCUGAUGAGGACGGGGAUGAGGCGUGAUUGCUGUGGGUGCCGAGGGGUCCUCGCUGACCCCCGCCCCUUCUUGUGGUCGG